AAUCUGCUGCGCUGAAGUGUUGCCAUUUUAAACAGGCAUAAUCCAUUACUAUCCUACAAAUUAUUCAAUAUUCAAGGAGAUUAUAAACUCAUGAGAAAGGUUUUGCCUUAUUGAAAAGUUCUUUGUGUGAAUCGAUAUGUAUAAUACUCCACCAUCAAGCAAACGGAGGAUGACAUUUGUUUACUCGUGAUGAGCUUCUGUAUUUCAAUGCUUUGAGUGUCGCAGCUGCUGAUCUAUUCCUGCAUUCAGCUGAAUUAUGAACACUGGUCAAUGACUGGAGAUCUGUGAUUGUCCAUCAGUUACUUCUAGAGUUUCUGCUGGAGAUCAAACUCUUCAGAUCCAUCAUGGAGGACACACACACUUCUGGAGAUCAGGAUUUGCUUACAGGAUGCAGUUCAGUUCAUCAAAAGAGAGCAGAAGCAGAGCCCAGCUGUGUGUCUAUGAAGAGUGACGCGUCUAUGUGUGAACCAUUACAUUUUAAGAGUGAAAACACACGGCCUGCUGUCAGUUCAGUUCAUCAGAAGAGAGCAGAAGCAGAGCCCAGCUGUGUGUCUAUGAAGAGUGAUGCAUCUAUGGGUGAACCAUUACAUUUUAGGAGUGAAAACACACGGCCUGCUGUCAGUGUGAGAUCAGGAUCAUGUGUGUACAGCUCUGUGUCUCUGAAGAGUGACCAGUCUAAAGGUUUUUCACCAAACUUCAGUGAGAAAACACCAUCAUCUAUCAAAGGUGUUGAAUAUGAGUUACCAGAUUCAGGAGACGAGACUCACAGGAGCCACAAGAGUUUCACAGACAAUCGCCAGUGGAUCUUCCAGAAUCUUGAGAACAAAAUUAUCAUAUUUCUGAAGAAUGAACUGGAAAAGUUUAAGAAAAUGUUAGAAGAAGAAAACAGACAAGAGUUUGUAAAGGACUUUAAUGAGAACAGAAGCAGAAUCACAGAAGCAGCUCUUGAUCUUACACUCUUUUUCCUGAGAGAGAUGAAGCAAGAUCAAGCUGCUGAUACUCUCGAGGGUGAGCUGUUCUUUAUUAAUCAGUUAAAAGGCAGUCUGAAGAAGAAAUAUCAAAGUGUGUUUGAAGGAAUUGCCCAGCAAAGAGACUCCACACUUCUGAAUAACAUCUACACAGAUCUCUAUAUCACUCAGGGUGCGAGUGAACAGGUCAACACUGAACAUGAGAUCAGACAGAUUGAAGCUGCUUCCAGACAUCAUCAGUCACUAGAGAUACAGGUUGAAUGCAAACAUUUGUUUGAAGCACCUGAACAAAACGAGCAGAUCAGAACUGUCCUGACAAAAGGAGUUGCUGGCAUCGGGAAAUCAGUCUCUGUGCAAAAGUUUGUUCUGGAUUGGGCUGAAGGAAGAGAAAAUCAAGACAUCAGCUUCAUAUUUCCUCUUCCAUUCAGAGAGAUGAACUUAAAGGAGAAGAAAAGACAAAGUUUAAAAGACCUCAUAACUCAGUUUUUCCCAGAGACUAAAGGACUGAACCUUACAAGAAGCACACGAUUCAAAGUCCUGUUCAUCCUUGAUGGAUUGGAUGAAUGUCGUCUUCCUCUGAACUUUGCUGGUAAUGAGAUGUGUCGUGAUGUAUCUUCAGCAGUCUCUCUGGAUGUUUUCCUGACGAACCUCAUCAAGGGAAAUCUGCUUCCUUCUGCUCUCAUCUGGAUCACCAGCAGACCAGCAGCUGCCAGUAAGAUUCCUGCUGACUGUAUCGACCGGUUGACAGAGAUACGAGGAUUCAAUGAUGCCCAAAAGGAGGAGUACUUCAGAAAGAGACUUACAGAUCAGAAUCAGGCCAGAGAAAUCAUUGAUCACAUUAAACAGUCAAAGAGUCUCUUUAUUAUGUGCCACAUCCCAGUCUUCUGCUGGAUUUCUGCCACUGUUCUCCAGAACAUAUUAAAACUGAAACACAGAGCUAAUGCUGAAACACUGCAGGAAUCUCCCAAGACUCUGACACAGAUGUACACACACUUUUUCCGCUUUCAGAUCCAGCAGAGCAGAAGAAAGUAUGAUGGAGAAAACACACCAGAUGUCUCCUGGGAUCAAAACCUCAUCCUUUCACUGGGGAAACUGGCCUUCCAGCAGCUGAAAAGAAACAAUGUGAUCUUCUAUGAGAGCGAUCUAAAAGACUGUGGCAUUGAUGUCUAUAAGGCAUCGGUGUACUCAGGCAUGUGUACCCAGAUCUUUAAGGAGGAGACGGGGAUCAUUCUUGGUACCAUGUACUGCUUUCUUCACUUGAGCAUUCAGGAGUUCAUCGCAGCCCUUUAUCAACAUCUGUUUCUCGACAAUGACAAGAAACGAGCAGAAAAAAGCAAAAACAAAGGCAUGAUUGAUUUGCUGAAGACUGCUGUGGACAAGGCUCUGGAAAGUGAGAAUGGACAUCUGGACCUUUACCUUCGCUUCCUUCUCGGUCUGUCACUCCAGUCCAAUCGACAACUGUUACGAGGCCUGUUGACACAGCAGGAUGACAGAGACCAGAGCAAAGAGGAAAUAAUUGCGUACAUCAAGAAGAAACUUGAAGUGAAUCUGUCUCCAGAGAGAUCCAUCAAUCUGUUCUACUGUCUGAAUGAACUGAACGACCAAACUCUGCUGAAAGAGAUUCAGUCUCACCUCAGUAGAGGAAGUCUGUCAUCUGCUCGCCUUUCACCUGCCCAGUGGUCUGCUCUGGUCUUUGUGUUGUUGACCUCAGAGGAGGAGCUGGAGGAGUUUGAGCUUCAGAAAUUCCAAAGAUCAGACGAGUGUCUCAUCAGACUAUCAGCAGUCAUCAAAUCCUCCAAAAGAGCUCUGCUACAGGGCUGUUAUCUCACUGUUCAGUGCUGUGAGAGUUUGUCUUCAGCUCUACAAUCCUCAAACUGUGUCCUGAGAGAGCUGGACCUGAGUAACAAUGACCUGCAGGAUUCAGGAGUGAAGCUUCUCUCUGAUGGACUGAAGAGUCAACACUGUAAACUGGAGACACUGAGAUUGGCCAUGUGUAAUCUCACUGUUCAGUGCUGUAAGAGUUUGUCUUCAGCUCUACAAUCCCCAAACUGUGUCCUGAGAGAGCUGGACCUGAGUAACAAUGACCUGCAGGAUUCAGGAGUGAAGCUUCUCUCUGAUGGACUGAAGAGUCAACACUGUAAACUGGAGACACUGAGAUUGUCUGGCUGUAUGGUGACAGAGGAAGGCUGUGGUUUUCUGUCUUCAGCUCUGACUUCAAACCCCUCACACCUGAGAGAGCUGGAUCUGAGCUACAAUCAUCCAGGAGAUUCAGGAGUCAAGCUGCUCUCUGAACAACUGGAGGAUCCAAACUACACACUGGACAAACUCAAUCUGGAUCAUGGAGGAGACAUGAGGAUUACAGCAGGACCACGAAAAUAUGUCUGUUUCCUCACACUGGAUCCAAACACAGCACACACUCGUCUCAUUCUGUCUGAGGAGAACAGAGAGGUGAAGUGUGUGUUAGAGGAUCAGCCGUAUCCUGAUCAUCCAGACAGAUUUGAUGUGUAUCCUCAGGUGUUGUGCAGAGAGAGUGUGUGUGGACGCUGUUACUGGGAGACUGACUGGAGUGGAGAUCAUGGUGUGUGUAUAUCAGUGUCAUAUAAGAGCAUCAGGAGGAAGAGACGAGGUGAUGAGUGUCUGUUUGGACGUAAUGCUCAGUCCUGGAGUUUGUUCUAUGAUUCCUCCAGUUUCUCAAUUAGACACAAUAACAGACACACUGAUCUCCCAGUGAAGCCGCUCAGCAGGAGAAUAGGAGUGUUUGUGGAUCACAGUGCAGGAACUCUGAUCUUCUACAACAUCUAUAGAGACACAAUGAGCCUCAUCCACUCAGUCCAGACCACAUUCACUGAGCCGCUCUGGCCUGGGUUUGGGCUUUAUCCUGGAUCAUCAGUGAAACUGAGCUGAAGACUGACGAGAGAUUUACCCACAAUCCUCUGCAGGAGCAGUCAGCAGCUCUGUGUGUGUGUGUGUGUGUGUGUGUGUGCGUGUGCGUGUGUGCGUGCGUGCGUGCGUGCGUGCGCGCCCGUGCGCGUUUGUGUGAGUGAGAGAGAGAGAGUGUGAGAGAGAAAGAGAGAGAGAGAGAGUGUGUGUGUGUGAGAGAGGGAGAGUGUGUGUUUGUGUGUGUGAGAGAGAGAGAGAGAGAGAGAGGGAGAGAAAGUGUGUGUGAGAGAGAGCGAGAGAGUGAGUGUGUGUGUGUGUGUGUGUGAGAGAGAGAGAGUGAGAGAGAGAGAGAAAGUGUGUGUGAGAGAGAGUGAGUGUGUGUGUGUGAGAGAGAGAGAGAGAGAGAGAGAGAGAGAAGCAGCAGCAGAUGAGCUCCUGAUUGUUUGGCAUUUCACUUAAUAUUAUUAUUGUUUUGCUUAAAUCAGAGAAUUAAUUCUGACAAAUUUUAGAGAAGAAAACAUCUUUUAACAAAGUUUUACUGAAUUUAACCAAGAAAAACAGCAGUUGAAAACCAACAAGACCAGAUCAGAAGAACUUUCCAGAGCAAAGACCUGCAAGAAGUCAAUCCCAGGACACAUCCUCAGAGAAAACCAAAGAGGACAUCAAACAUCAGUAUUUAAAUAAUGAGGAGACACAGAAAUUAAUGAAGGUACUCUGGAAAUAUUCAACAUUGAUUACUUCAGGAGGAAGAAUGGAUCUUAUUUUAAUCUUUCUCCCAGUAUGGCAGUAUCAAUGAAGAUGCUUCUUUUGCUCUUGUUUUUACAAUUUACGCACAGAUUUUCAUCAAUAUUUUAUUUUUGUGGACAUUUUUGAUAUUUUGAUCUACAAUUAUAUAUAAUUCACAGAGGAACAAAGUGACAGUUUUUACAGUUGCUUGUUUACGUUUAAAAAUCAGCAAUGGCCACUGCAGCACGUAGGCUCCGCCCCUUUACCUACCCUCAGAAGAGCUCUGAACACUCUAAACGGCUCCACCGACAGAAGCAGAUCAAGGAGAGACCUGAAACACUGUUUGCAGACUAUGAGCACAGUAAACUCAACAACCUGCCCUUUUAUACUGAAAACAGCCCAUUAUGGCAUACUGCUUUCUGCCAACAUUUUGCCUUUACCUCAAAAAGAGGGAUCUGCAAAAGCAGACAAAUACUAGUAUUUGAAGAUGCUUUGAAGAUCAAGAAGCCUAUCUCUAAACUUAUACCACAACAGCAAUGUCAUGAUCCAGGGCUCAGAGCCUGCCCUUCAAACAUUUAUAAUUGACUUUUCACAGAUUAAAAAUCACACAUAGCUGAAUACAAAUUUCAAACAGGAUCAAACAGAAAUUAAAUCAAACACCUCUCCUAUUCAAGACACCCAAAAGAAGAUAACAGCUGCAACUCCCCUAGUUCAAUCUCCAAUGUCAAGAAUGAAAGAAAUUUCACUCCUAGAAAUAGAUGUGGUUGAACUAAAAGAAACAUUACUAUCCCACUCAAGACAACAUUGACUUGCAACAGCUUAAAAACAACAUGAUGGACCUAAAACAAGAGACUGAAUUCCUACAGAAAAACAAAGAGCAGAUGUCAAAAGAGCUCCAUGAAACAAGAGAAGAGCUGAAGGAACUAAAAACAACAUUUAGAAGGCAAAUAACAGAGAUUAAAACAGAAAUACAGGAAGAACUCUCAGCCUUAAAAUCAGAACUUCAAAAGAAAGAUGAACUCAUUGAUAAUAUGAAGAACCAGCUUCUCCAUUCAUCAUCGUCCAGAGGCUCUCAGACUGAACCCCUGAUCUGUGCAGAGACCCUCACUGAGAUCCAGUCCUUGCAGACAGUGGAUGAGCUCCAGGCUCCAACAGACCCACAAUCCAUCAGCCCCACCUCACACACACACACAGGCUCUCAUCCUCAUCGACUCAAAUGGAAAAUAUCUAAAAGAAAAACUUAUUUCCAAAAAUCAACGCACAGAAAAUAUGAUGACCAAACACAAGUAAAGCUCUUCAGAUCUUAUCUGACAAAAACCUGAAUGAAUCCUACAAGCACAUCAUCGUCCACACAGGGACAAAUGACCUGUAAGCAACCAGAGGCAACGUGGCUCCUCUGCUGUGAGAAGUGGCCAUCAGAGCCUCACAGCGCUUUCCUGAAGCUCAAAUCCCCCUGUUCCCCGCAUGGGUCUCCCCAAGUCUCUACUCCCGCAGGAGUAUUCAUAGCCCACGCCAACCCUGCUCGGGCUCCCGCAGGAGUCUGUAUCACCCUUUGCUUCCACAGGAGCCCCCUUUACCUUUCCUUCUAAAAAAAACACUAUAUCCAGCAGCCGAAUAUAGCAUUCCAAGCCUUUUGGGAGUUUCUUCGAAUACACUGCUGCUGUCCUGAAUCUCCUGCAUUUGGGGAGCUCUCGAGAACCACCUGAUCUCGUGCUCUAUGGACCAGGUGGGAGCCCUGGGCUUAACUAUAUCCGAGCUGCUAACAGUUGUCAAACAAUAUCUAAGUGUGAACAUCUUUAAGUGAAGUUUCAUAAACUAAUUUCGAGAAGAGCUUGUAAUAAGAUUGACUGCAGCUGGCCACCCAUCUACAUUCACUAGUUAGCCAAUCAGAUUAAUCCCAACUCACUAUAAGUAGCCUAGUUAGAACUACUCUCUUAUCUUCGUUUUCCGAAGAAACCCCCCAUCCACCCCUUCUCCUCCUUUACCACGGGGCGCUUUCGAAAACCACCUGAUCCCCAACUUCCCUCACAUGCUCUAUGGACCAGGUGGGAGCCCUGGGCUCAACUAUCUCCGAGCUCAGGGUUCUCUCCCGGGACAGCAUGCCAAACCUGCUAACAGUUGUCAAACAAUAUCUAAGUGUGAACUCUUGAAAUACCGUUUCAUUGGGGAGAAAAUUGGAGAUGGAGUCAUAGAUCUUAAGUACUGCAACACCGACGACAUGGUUUCUGACAUGUUCACGAAAAGACUGGGUCAAGAAAAGUUUGCAAAACUUAGAGAAAUGGCUGGAGUGAAACCAGUAAAUUCAUCAUUCUGCUUGCGAGUGAGAAGGAGUGUUGGAAAGCACUCUUAUCAGAAUGUUUUCUCAUUUGGUUUUGUAUAUGGAUAUGUAUAUGUUUUAGUUUCCAUCUUAGUUAAAUGCUGUUAUUGAAGCAGUGGUGCUUUGUGUUUUUGGGUGUGACCACUGCAGGGCGCUGUUGUUAUACAUAUAGAUAUAUUCAGUUGUUACUGUUGUGAAGUAUCUGUAAUGACCCAUAAUGAAGGUACUAAUUUAAUGAAACUACUAACACAAUAAUAAAGUCAAUAAAAUGGAAGUGACCUGGCAAGUGAAGGAGGUAACAAAGAGCCAACAGUGAAUGAGACGUGCCUGCAGCCGCUUACUUGUUGCACAUGAAUACAGACAGGAGUAUUUCAGUGUUCAUGUUCGCCUCACCUCAGAUUUGGGUAUUUUUAUAUUAAUAAAC